AUGAAUGAGGCUGAUGGCCUGCGGCAGCGUCGGCCCGCCCGGCCGCAAGUGCUUACCGAGGACAACGCGGCACAGGCAGGCAAGGAGAGCAGUACUUACAGCAGCAGGAUAUUUCGUGUAACUUUCAUGACUUUAGCUGUGUUAUUAAUUAUUCCAUUAUUUGGAGCACUCAUUUUUCUGGAUUGUCCAAUAGACCCUCAACCUAUUAGCUUUAAAGAACCUCCUCUUCUUACUGGUCCUUUAGAGCAAAAUGCUAAGCUUCGACAAGCAGAAAAAUUAUUUGAAAACCAGCUUGUUGGACCAGAAUCUAUUGCAAAUAUUGGUGAUGUGUUGUUUACUGGUACUGCUGAUGGAAAAAUUCUAAAGAUUGAAAAUGGGAAAAUUUCCACUUUAGCGCGUCUUGGCCAUGGUCCUUGUGGUACAAGAGAAGAUGAGCCUACAUGUGGGAGACCACUAGGAAUCCGUAUUGGACCAAACAAUACUCUUUUUGUUGUAGAUGCUUAUUAUGGGCUGUUUGAAAUAAAUCCUAUCUCAGGUGCAGUCAGGCCACUGGUGUCUUCAAAGAUUCCUAUUGAAGGGAAGAACUUAUCCUUUGUGAACGAUCUUACAAUGACUCGGGAUGGAAGGAAAAUCUAUUUUACAGACUCUAGCAGUAAAUGGCAGAGAAAAGAUUAUCCCUUAUUGAUCAUGGAGGCUGCAGAUGAUGGACGUUUACUUGAAUAUGACACAGUCACAAAGGAAGUCAAAGUCUUAAUGGAAGGACUCAGAUUUGCAAAUGGAGUUCAGCUGUCUCCUGCUGAAGACUUUGUGUUGGUGGCUGAAACAACUAUGGCAAGAAUACGAAGGUAUUAUGUAUCUGGUCUAAUGCAAGGUGGAGAGGACCUGUUUGUUGACAACAUGCCUGGUUUUCCAGACAACAUCCGUUUAAGCAGCUCUGGAGGUUAUUGGGUAGCUAUGUCAGCUGUUAGAGCAAAUCCUGGAUUUUCUAUGAUGGAUUUCUUAUCUGAAAAACCAUGGAUUAAAAGAAUCAUACUUAAGCUGCUCAGUCAAGAAACCGUGAUAAAAUUUGUGCCCAAGUACAGCCUUGUGAUAGAAUUAAGUAAUACUGGAUCCUACAGAAGAAGCUUCCAUGAUCCAAAUGGAAUGGUGGCAACAUAUGUAAGCGAAGCACAUGAAUAUAAUGGACAUCUCUAUUUGGGGUCUUUCCGAUCUCCUUUUAUUUGUAAGCUGGACCUUAAGGAUGUCUAAUUCUGAGUUGAAAGCAUUACUGCUGUCACCUUGAAUUACUCUAGAAAGACAUAGAAAGAUGAGACACAUUUUGGACAAAAAAGAAGAAUGGAAGCACAGUCAGUCAUAAGCACUGUAACACUGUUUAACUAGCAGGAUGCAGAAUUAGUUCUUACUUAGGCAUGCCAUACCUUAAAACCUGUGAAUUACUUUGUUUAAAUUCUCUUUCAAAAUGGUGGGCUGUGUAGAUGUUUUUGGUGCACUGUACCCUCUUUAUAGCACCUUUUAUUACCUUUCCAGAAGGUAAAUAAAAUACAAAAUUACCUCAUGAAACAAUAUUUGUUGCAUUUAAUAUUUUAGAAAUGAUGCUAUUCAAAUCCAUUAUAUGUAUGUGGUCAGCUUUUCAAAGUUCAAAAUUUUGUCCUGUAAAUACAUCAUUGCUCUGAAGUUGCUUAGAUGAUAUAAUACAGUGAACUUAUUUCCAAUAGGGAUCUCUCUUUAUAAGCAUGUUUUAAUGCAUGCACUUUAUAAUAGCAAUGCAAUUUAUAGUUGUAUUAAUAAAUUGAACAUUCUACAGCUAUAAUUCCAUUUCUAGUCAAUGCUAUUUUCUGCAUGGAUAGUUUUAAACACAUGGAAUUAUUUGUAUGGGAGUCUCUAAAUCUAAGGUUAAUAUAAUUAAUUUAGGAAAAGCUGGUUUGACUGCUUAUUGUUCCUCUAUUUAAUCAUCGACAUAAGUCCUUAAGGCAGAAGAAUGUUUUAAUAUGGG